AUGAAUCCAACGAAUAAUUCCAUUGAAGAAAGUAACUUUCCUAUUGAUCCAGUUAUUAAAUACACUAAUAAAGGUUCAAUCAGUAAUAAUUUUAAUUAUGAAGUAAUAGAAUUAGGAUACUAUCCUGAAACUUUUAAAAUUACUUGUGGAAAAAAUGGUUAUGCUAUUCUUGAUGAAUAUAAGGUUAAAACAACAUUUGGAAAAAAUAUAAUAACUUGUUCAAUUUAUUAUAAUGAAAAUGACUCUCCUGUUUUUCUGAUUGAUUGGAUUAAAGAUGAUGAAAAUUUUAAUGUAUAUUCAGAAAAUUCAACAACAGAUGCUUCUGAUUUAUAUUUCAUGAAACUUGGAUCAAAUUUACAAAAGUCAGGAAUAUUAAUGUUUGGAUUGCAAUUAGAAUGCCUUAAAAAUUAUCGUGAACAAAAUCCUCUUAAAGAAAAAUGUCAGAGAUUAAGGGUUAUAUCAGUAGGCCAAGAUAUUCGACAGACAUUUGAAAGUAGUGAGUCAUCUGCUUUAAAUAUUAACAAAGAUUUAGAACAAGCAUCAUUAAUCAAAACAAUAUUUGAAGCAAAUGAUAUUUGCUAUGAACUUUCUUAUGAUAAAAAAAAUUCAAAUGUUGAAGAAGCCAUUGUCAAAUCAAAUUUACAAAAGUCAGGAAUAUUAAUGUUUGGAUUGCAAUUAGAAUGCCUUAAAAAUUAUCGUGAACAAAAUCCUCUUAAAGAAAAAUGUCAGAGAUUAAGGGUUAUAUCAGUAGGCCAAGAUAUUCGACAGACAUUUGAAAGUAGUGAGUCAUCUGCUUUAAAUAUUAACAAAGAUUUAGAACAAGCAUCAUUAAUCAAAACAAUAUUUGAAGCAAAUGAUAUUUGCUAUGAACUUUCUUAUGAUAAAAAAAAUUCAAAUGUUGAAGAAGCCAUUGUCAAAGUAAUGGAUGAACAUAAUAUUAGUAGAGAUUCAUAUAGAGCAUUAGCAGCAAUAAUUCAUUCUUUACCACAUGAAUAUGUUAUAGAGAAAAGAAGAAAUAAAAUCAAUCAAAUAAUUACUGAAAAAGUACCAAUUUCCACUUUUAAUACAUCAAGAGAAAAUCCUGUGGAAAAUGACACAAGUGAUGUGGAUAAUGAUAGUGGCAAUGAUACAGAAGAAGAAAUCAAUGAAAAUAUAAUUGUAGCAGAGGAGUCAUGUAGAAAUGGAGUCUGA